UUGAGAAGGACAUCUUUAGGUGAAUUUUUGGUGGACGAACUGAAUCGUCUGGAAAAUUUUCAAGUGGUAAGAUUUUUCAAUUUUCGAAAUAUUUUUGAUAUAGAAAUCAAAGAUAACACUCUUUUAUCGAUUUCAUCACUUUUCAUGGAUAUCGAUUUGGUUAUCGAAGUCGCGCAUCCAGCUGUUAUUCGCCGAUUCGUCAAUAUCAUUCUGGACAACUGUGAUUUAUUUAUCGGUUCACCUACGUGCUUAUCUGAUGCUGAUCUUCUGGAAAGCAUUCGAUCCACGGCAUUCACCAAGAAACGCCGAGUUCUGGUCCCGGCGGGCGCAAUCUGGGGCGGCAACGACAUCCAGAAGAUGGCUGACCAAGGAACGCUAAUGGCACUUACCAUAACGAUAACAAAACAUCCAUCGUCAUUCAAACUCGAAUCGCCUCUCAAAGAGCUCAAUGAAACAGCAAAACAAAAGAGCGAGGAACCCACUGUGCUGUACGAGGGACCAGUACGAAAUCUUUGUCCACUAGCGCCAAAUAAUGUGAAUACUAUGGCCGGUGGAGCAAUUGCGGCACAUAACUUGGGUUUCGAUGGAGUGAUCGCCAGGCUGGUUAGCGAUCCGAAAAUGCUUGACUGGCAUAUCGUUGAAGUGGAAGCAGUCGGGCCAGAUGGUUUUAAUGUAAUCACAACCCGGAAGAAUCCCGCAAAACCCGGCGCGGUCACUGGAAAGCUCACCUACCAUUCCUUUUUGGCCAGUAUCAAAGAGUCGACCUACAAACCGAUUGGACUGCACAUUUGCUGA